AGAAGAGCUUGCUGGUGUAACGGCGUCACAGCGCUAGACAUUAGCUGAAGAUAUCCUGCCAAAAGAGGUUAAAACGGAUCGAAAAGGGAUCUAGACAUUGUCAACAAUGGCAGAAGGAGGAGAUGUGGAUUGGGAGCUCAGCAAAGAAAACAUUCAGCCGCUGAGGCGUGGCAGAGAUAUAUCGGUGUUACAUCAAGCCCUUAGCCAACGAGAAGAAGGACCCACUUCUGCAAUCAACCAGCAGAAACAGAUGUUUGAGUCUGAACUUCGAAUUUAUGAAGGAGAGGAUCCACUAAGUGUUUGGGAUAGGUAUAUUAAGUGGACGGAACAAACCUUUCCUCAGGGGGGCAAAGAAAGCAACCUUGCAACAUUGUUGGAGCGGGCUGUGACCAGAUUUACAGAUGAAAAGAUGUAUCACAAUGACCCUCGCUAUGUUGAUCUCUGGAUCAAAUUUGCAGAGAACUGCUCAGAGCCCCUCGAUAUCUACAGGUAUAUGCAAGCACAAGGAAUUGGAGUGACACAGGCGACGCUCUACAUCGCUUGGUCAGAGGAGUACGAGAAUCAAGGCAGUUAUCGAAAAGCAGAUCUUGUCUAUCAAGAGGCAUUCAAGAGGUUUGCUGAGCCACAUGACAAGCUUCUUCAGUUUCACAAGGCUCUGCAGGCUCGUGUGGCCCGGCAGGCAUUAUUAAAAUUGGAAAAUGACAGCAGUGACGAGGAGCCAAAACAACCUGAAAGAGUUUCACUAGCCGACCUCAAACAUAGAGGGAAGAAGAAGGCCAUUGCUCCUGUCAACAGGACCGGGUCAGCCAUCAGAAGUAUUAGCGGAGGCCUGCCGUCACGCGGUGCCCCGGUCCUUGGCAACGUCUCAAACAGUAAGCUGGUGAUUUUCGAUGAGAACAAAGCUGAAACACCGGGUCCAUCAGAACCUUUGCUGGAACCCUGGAUGGCUCCUCCCACAUCAAGGGCAAAAGAAAACGAGCAGAAGCCAGAGAAAUGGUGUGAUGUAAAGAUGCCCCAGAAAACAAAAUUUGGACACGCAGUCAUGCCUCCACCACCUCCGAAACCCACCUUCCAACCAUUUGUUGAGGAGUCUGACCAGCCUCCAACAAUGACGCCGUGUAAGAUAAACCCGACGGUGAACUCUGUUCUUUCAGCGCGGAAGCCGAGUAAAGAAGAAACUCCCCUGAAAAGACUGCAAGAGCAUCAUCAGCAGCGUAAGGAGGCAGAAGAAGGAAAACUGCAGGAGCGGAGCAUGUACUGCAAAGAGCUGCUGCUCAGCGGCGCCACCGAAUUCUGCUUCGAGGAACUGCGAGCUGAACAUUUCUUCAAAAAGAUGGCACAAAAGUCCCAGGAAGCCAGAGGAGACGGCUGUCAAGCUGCUGCCGAUCCUGCAAAGUGACACUUGCACUUUAAAAAAUUCUCCACAAUUUUGACAAAAUUUCACUAUCAUGUUGUAGUUGCUCAUGUAUAGUUUGUUUCCCUGUUGUUAAUAUUGUUUUUGUACUGAAGAGGCUUUUUAAAAUACUUCCAAUUUCAAAGCAUCUCACUUAAGACGUGUAGGGUUUGUCAAAAUUCUGCCCAAGAAAAUGCAGACUAAACAUUAUGGUUAAAAGAAAAACGGAAAGUCGUUUGACGUACAGCUGUUGAGCAUAACACGCUGAUGUCCUGCCUCUUGAAUACUACUAUAUUUUUCUGCUUUUUUCUCAUGCUCUUCUUUAUAAAUAUGGAAAUGCUCCCUAUAAGCUUUUUUCUGUUCUUUAGAGCAGAGACCUUUGCAUGUGCAGAUAAUUUUUUUUGUCCAUUUCAGUAUUUCUUAACAGUUUUAUUAAUACUUUUUCUAUGACACUCAAUUUUAGAUUAAAACCCCUUCUUUGAAACCUCAUGCGUAAGUUUGUGUUGCUGAAAUAGUAAACUUUGUGCAGUUUAAAGCUAAAUCCCUGAUGCUUUCAGAUGAACAAAAUGACCAUUCAACAAGAUAGUUGAGAAAUGUUAGACACAUAAUCCUUAUGUGUAAUUGCAUGUUUUACUGUUAUUAAUAACCAUCUCACUAGAUUAUGAUAAAACGAGUAGUGAAUACACUGCUGCUAACUUAUGACAAUAUGUAAUUUAUUUUCUUUGAGUGACCUGAAGGUGCUCAACAUUAGGGCUGGGGGAUAUGAGGAAAAUCUAAUAUCCUGAUAUAUUUUUGCUAUAUCACGAUACACGAUGUAUAUCACGAUAUUCUUAAAGGAGCUCCAAUGUUAUUUUAAACUAUAGAUCUCUUGCAGCAUAUGUCACCCACGCAAGUUCCCGCCUCCAUUUUCCUGCUAGACUUAAAUGUAAGCUCAUAAAAAGGGAUUCAGUAUUUUUUGCUAUGAACUGUCUACACUAUGACUAGAUUACAAGGUGAGAAAUAAGUUUUAACUAAAAAAAACAAUAGAGA